CAGAACUCGAAUUACAAUCCAACAACGCAAUCAUGGCACAAGCAAGCGACGUACUCUCCCGCAAGACCGGCGUCAUCUACGGCGACGACGUGCUCAAGCUCUUCCAGCACGCCAAGGAUAAUGGUUAUGCCAUUCCCUCCAUCAACGUCACCUCCUCUUCCACCGUCGUAGCUUCUCUCGAGGCUGCCCGCGAUGCGAAGUCUCCCAUCAUCCUCCAGACCUCCCAGGGCGGCGCUGCCUUCUUCGCUGGCAAGGGCGUCGGCAACAAGAACCAGGAGGCAUCCAUCGCAGGUGCAGUAGCAGCAGCUCACUACAUCCGCUCGAUCGCGCCUAUCUACGGCAUCCCAGUUGUCCUCCACACAGAUCACUGCGCCAAGAAGCUCCUUCCAUGGUUGGACGGAAUGUUGGACGCAGACGAGGCCCAGUUCAAGGCUACCGGCGAGCCUCUGUUCAGCUCCCACAUGAUCGAUCUCUCCGAGGAAGACAAGGAGUACAACAUCGCCACGACCAAGAAGUACCUCGAACGCGCAGCUCCUAUGAAGCAGUGGCUUGAGAUGGAGAUUGGCAUCACGGGCGGCGAGGAAGAUGGUGUCAACAACGAGGAUGUUGACAACAACUCCCUGUACACCCAGCCAGAGGAUAUCUACGACAUCUACGCCGCGCUCUCCAGCGUCUCACCGUACUUUUCCAUCGCGGCCGGCUUUGGCAACGUUCACGGAGUGUACAAGCCUGGCAACGUCAAGCUCCAGCCCGCACUUCUCAAGAAGCACCAGGCCUUUGUUAAGGAGAAGACCAACGCCAAGGAGGACAAGCCCGUCUUCCUAGUGUUCCACGGUGGAAGUGGAAGCAGCGUCGAGGAUUUCCGCGAAGCCAUCUCAUACGGUGUCGUGAAGGUCAACCUCGAUACCGAUAUGCAGUACGCAUACCUCUCCGGCGUACGGGACUUCAUCCAGGGCAACCACAGCUACCUCCAGAGCCAGGUCGGCUCGAAGGACGGACCUGAUAAGCCAAAUAAGAAAUGGUAUGACCCACGUAACUGGGUCCGUGAGGGAGAGAAGACGAUGAGCAAGCGCAUUGCGGUCGCGUUCAAGGACUUCCACUCCGAGGGUAAGGCUUAGAAUCAUCAGUAGGAUGAAUCGGCGAAUCGAGAAUGAGAUGAACAAAAGCAGCAUAUAUGACUGCAUACUUCUCAAAUGAAUGUGGGGCAAGCAAUAUGAAUAAGAUUCUUCG